GCGGCCAGGACCCACCCGUACCCCCCGCAUCGUUCCGUCCCCGCUUGCUGCCCGCCCCGCUCCCCGGGUGCCGGCGGGACCGUCCUGCCGGGGCAGGGCAAUGGGCGACGCGGCGCUGUCGGGAGCGCUGUGGCUGUGGCUGCUAUGGGCCGGCAGCGGGGCCGGCGGCGGCUGCUCGGGGAGGUGCUGCCCGGGCUGGGACGCGGCCUGUGUCGGUGAAGGAUGGCGGGCGGGAGGGGGCUAUGGAACCUGCUACUGCGACGCAGGGUGCCGGCGAGCCGGGGACUGCUGCAGCGACCACGGCCAGGCGUGUCCAGCUCUUCCCUGCGUGGUCGGGGAGUGGAGUCACUGGAGUGGCUGUGCAGAGCAGUGCCACCCCCACCUGCGGCUACGCAGGCGCUACAUGCAGCAGGAGCCUCGGAACGGGGGGGAGCCGUGUCCUGCUCUCGAGGAGAAGGCUGCCUGCCUGGACUACCUGACUUACAAGGGGGAGGACUGCGGCCACGAACAUGUCCCUGCUUUCAUUGUUACCUCUGAAUAUGGUAAAGAAAGAAACCGACAAGCAGCAUCUUCUCCCUGGCCCUCAGACAAAGAAGCAGCUGGCUACUGUGUGGAAUUUAGAACAGAAUCCCUUUCCCACCACUGCGCUGUGGAGACCCGGCCCUACGCCCAGUGGAUGCGGUACCUGCGAGAAGGGCACACUGUGUGUGUGGCUUGCCGGCCUCCAGCUAUCAACAGGGACACUCAUCGCUGUGCUGGAGAUGGUCACAAUGCAGAUGGAGGGAAAGUCUUACACUGGGAAGCAGUUGGCAACUCUCAGUGCCAAGGAACCUGGAAGAAGAUUCGGCAGCUGGAGCACUGUUCAUGUCCCCUUGUGCACAGCUUUAUUUUUACAUGAGAGUUUUAAAGACCUUUAACAAAAAGAUUAAGAAGAUUAAUACCAGUGCCAAGAUACCAACAUCUUUCUGCUGCGUUUGCUGGAGCCUAAACAGACCUUCAAGGAGUUGGAACUUUGGGGGAAGCAUUUUGGGAAACUCUGCCUUGACAGGAACCACUAAGACUGACCUCUCUGUCAGAGCACUAGAAGCUUCUUUCUGUAUUUCUCUUCUCUAACUGAGAGCUAAUGUUUCUAACUGUAGUAGCUGCUACUACAAGUAAAAUGAUAAAAAGCUCCAUUUGAUGCAAGCCUUUAAAAACAGAACAACUGACUCUACUAAGCUUAUGUACAGAACUGACCUUUCUUACACCUCUGCAGGCACAUCUCAGAAAUCCUCCACUGCAGGCAGAUAAAAAGCCAGGCUUUACACUGAAGUCAUCCUUGCCAAGCAAGGGAGCUUCCAUGAACAUUUUAUACCUAUUACGACUCUGUUUCAUGUUUUAGGACAGCAGCACUGCUGGACACUGAGACUAAUACAAGUUAUUAUUCUGAAAAGCUAGACAGACUAGGUGCUUAUGGAGGGAAGGUUGAGACGAGCAGAUCCCUGCAGCCC